GAGAGAGCACGCCUGGCCAGAGGGAGAGGGAGAGAACCUCCAGCGGACUUCCUGAUGAGCGCGGAGCUCGAGCUCACCACGCUGCGAUCCCAGCCUGAGCCAAAACCAAGAGCCGAUGCCCGACUCACCAAGCCACUCAGCUGCCCCGCCUUGGCCCAUUUUAAAUUUGGGUUGUCUGCCUCUUGACUGUUACAUUGUGCCCCUGCUGUCCACAGUGGAAACUGAGGCUUGGAAAGGGGACGUGACUGGGCUCAUAAGCUCAUAAGCAGAUGGAGACUGGUAACUGGUAACUGGGUUGGUGUCUAGCUCCCACCCUAGCAGGUCACAGGUCACUGUCUCUCUUCCCAGAUGAGGGGCCUCCAAUUCUGACCCACCCAGUCCAGCCCAGGUCUGUCUUUGCACUUAGAGCAGUAGAGCCUCACAGGCAGAGGGUGGGCCGGAAAGACAGGGGAACAGCAGUUCUGAGGAAACAAGCCAGUCCUCUUUCCCCCUCCAAAUCACGAGGACCCAGCUGACGUGGCCCGGGAAGAGGGGACAGCCCGGGCCUGUGGUCGGGGAGCCUAUUUAUACUGGCUGGGCCGUGUUGCAAGCCCUUCCUGCUGGGGAGAGGGACGUCACUGGGCGCUGACCUCACCAGAAAUGCUGACGCAUCUUCCCCUCAUGCUUUGCUCGGUUGGCCAGCCGGGUCUCCUCACCUUGGGGCCACUGCCUGUCCUCCUGCACAUCACUGUCCCCUCCCACCAAGCUCCAGGCACUCCCCCAUCGUCCGCACUCCCCGCAGCCCUCCAACCAUGCCCUCCUCUUGCAAGCUGUCCUGGGCAGGGUUUUAUCCCUUAAAUUCUUGUGUUAAAGACCGACUCCCAUAGUACCUCAGAAUGUGGCUGUAUUUGGAGAUAGGGUCCUCAGAGAGGUAAGGCACAAGGAGGCCAUGGGGGUGGGCGUGGCCCAUCCAUUAUGGCUGCUGUCUUUCUAAGAAGAGGAGAUUAGGACAGACACACAGACUAGGGGUCAACCACAUGAGGAGACAGCAAGAAGGUGGCCGUCUAGGAGCCAAGAGAGAGGCUGCAGGAUAACCGACCCUACUGAUCGCUCAGUCUCAGACUCCUAGCUCUGGGAUGGCACCAACAACCAUUUCUGUUGUUUCAGUCCUCCCGUCUGUGCUAUGUUGUCAGGGCAGCCCGAGCAGACCAAUAGCUAACUCCUCCUUGCUGUCGGUGGCCGUUGCCCCUGGGGCCUGUACACCGCACCUCGCUUUGCUGCUCAGAGCGUGGUCUUUCAGACUUGAGAGCCCCCUUGUGAACACCACGUCCUCUUAACUGCUCCCACCCAGGGUGAUGCAGAAAAAGGAAAGCAAAGGCCUGUGCCUUCCCCCCACCCCGAGUGCGAAGGGCCGUCCUCGGUAGCUGAGACGGCCGAGAAGCACUCCAGCCAGCUGUGGCUCUCCAGCCUGGAGCCAGGCCCUGAGUGUCUCAGUUUCCUUGUUCAAGAGAUCCGAGGCAUCCCUGCCCUGGUGCUCUCUCCCUUCCAGGGCUGUUGCCGGAUGAGAUGAGGGAUGCGAAAUGAAGAAGGAUCCCAGCUUGGCAUGGGCCCCAGGAAACGGUCUUGCGGGGGUGGGCACAGAGAUGAGGAAUUGAGCAGAAGCCACGUUCUCAGGAGGAGAAUCCAGAACUGGUCCUUGGGGGUGGCGAUGGUAGGUGUGAUGUCCCAACAGUCCCAGCAAGAGGGCGGGAAGGGCACUCAAGAAGGAAGAUGUCUCGCUACCCUCAGCGCCAAACCACAGUGACUUGUGAGGCUGUUGGCCCCUGGGCCAAGCCUGACCUGCAGCCCUCCAAAGACCCAGUUGUCACACUCUCCCCUCUUUCCUGGGCACAGCUCCCUACAGAUAGCAUGGACCCCCUUGCCCCCUGUUCACCCCAGGAAGGCUGAGGCUGCAGUUUGCAUCAUCUUUGGGAGAGAGCCUGAUCUCGAAGAAUCAAUUCGAAGAAAACAGGAGGAGGAGGAGGCAUGCCACCGCACACAGCGCCCAUUGGCCGCCCGUGGAAACUUUGGUUUUUGGGGUUAUGUUCCCAGAAGGCCUGCCCUCCCCCCCUCCCCACCCACCUCACGAGGUGUUGGCCAAUCGCCCUGGCGGGCAUAAAGUGGCUGCCAGCCCGCAAGGCUCCCAGCCAGGAGGUGUCACCCCCAGCAGGCGCCGGCCAGAGCUCGGGCACCCAGCAUGCGGGCACAGCUUAUGUGGAGGACGCUGCCCAGUCUGGUCCUCGGACUCCUGUUCUUGAGCACGCCGGUCAUGGGCAGCUGUCUGGACAAGGACCAAGAGCUGCUCAGGCAGCUCCAGAAGCAGGCGGACAUCAUGCAGCGAACCAGCAUGCUCCUGAACCCCUAUAUCCAAAGCCAAGGCCUAGACAAGGAUGGACUGAAGGAGCACUGCCGGGAGCGUCCAGGGACCUUCCCCAGCAAAGAGGCCCUGCAGCGGCUCAGCAGGCAGGAAUUCCUGCGGGCUCUCGACACCAUGCUGGACCACGUUCUGCACAGACUGAAGGCCUUGCAGCGAGACAUCCCCAAAGCCCAGGACCUGGAGACACUGAAUAGGGCAAAGCAGAACAUUCGCGGGUUCAAGAACAAUAUCCACUGCCUGGCCCAGCUGCUUCCAGGCUCAUCAGAGACGACUGAGCCCGCUCCGAUAGGCCCAGGGACAUCUCCGUCGCCCACCCCCACCCCAGACACCUUCCAGCGCAGGCUCGAAGGCUGCAGGUUCCUGCACGGCUAUCACCGCUUCAUGCACUCCGUGGGGCAGGUGUUUCGAGAGUGGGCGGAGAGCCCGAGUCGGAGCCGGAGACACAGCCCCCGCCGGGGCCUGCGGAAGGGGGCCUGCAGAGUGCCACUCUCCAGGAACAAGAGACUCCUGCCCAGGGUUCAGCUGCCCCGGUAGUCUUAGGGGACACCCCCGGCAGAGAAAGGAUCCGUAUGUACUCCCUAGGAUGGCAUCUCCCCCCAGGGCCUCCAAACCUGCUCCCCUCUGUUCCCCACCUCCCAGAAGUGCACUUUAAGGGUUGGGAGCCAGGCUCUGGGAUGGGAGGGUAGGGUCAGGCUAUUGAGCCCCCAGCCCUGAAUUCGUCAGUCUUGGUGGGGUGGCUGGGUCAGGCCACGCGGGGCCAACUUUCCAUUGAUUCAGGGGUCUGAUGACACAGGCUGACUCAUGGCCAGACUGACUGCCCCCCCGCCGCUCUGCUCCCCGAGGCCUGCUGGCCCUUCCCUCUCAUGACUUACAGAGCCGUUGCCCCCAGACUUCCUCCUUUCCAUGGCAGCAUGGUUCUGAGGGGAAGGUUAGGGUCUGAGCUGGCCUCCGAAGGCUCAUUGCCAUUCUCAGGCCAGACACCUGGACAUCUGGGUGACCUCACUUUAGGCAGCUGUGACAGAUGCAGAGUGUCUUAGAAGGAGCACUGAUCUGGGGGAGGGGGUGUCCAAGAACAGGGCUCAGUUCCCAGCUCAACCCCAACUCACUGUGUGGCCUCAGGCAGGCCACUUUACCUCUCUGGACCUCAGUUUUAUUUUUUGUGAUUCAAGCGGUUGGUGUAAAGCCCUCUCCGCUUGAUUCAAUGACACAGAGCAAAUAUCCAAUGCCUUGCAAAUGGGCAGGGCCUGGAGUUCUCUAUAGACCUACUGCCUGGAGGGCCUGGUCUUGGGUACCGGCUGCUGGCUGCGCCCCCUGGUGGUGCAUCAUUAAAAUUUCUCAUGCUGAAACUGGUUCUGGAGGGACGCCCAGAAGGUGCUGGCCCAAUUCUUUGGAGGGAUAUGACUAAUUUAUCGAUUUUUAUCAGUUUUUAUCUGUUUACUAUUUAUAAGGCUUAUUUAUGAUGUGUAUUUAAUGUUAAUAUUGUGCCAACAUAUAUUUA